CUGCUUGACAAGCUCAACCUCGACCCGAACGACAUCAAGACCUGGAUCGCGGACGAGACUUUCACCGACCGCUCACCCUCCUCCAGAACAAGCACCGACAACCCCGACACGGACGUCAUCGCCAAGCUCGCCUGGUUUCUCCGAAACAAGUACAUCUUCGACAAGUUCGGCACCAAAGAGGACCAGCGCGCCGUCGACGCCGCCGUCAAGGCCAUGCCCGCCUCCACCGGCAUGGGCAAGGCGGUCAUCAGCGCCACCGCCAUGUGUGAGACCAUCACGGCCGAUGUGGUGGUCUUCACGUCUGAGAACUGA